GAUGCCUUGCGCUUAUAUGGGGUUUAUAGUUCGGUCUAAGCCGCCUUUUCGCAGCGACGUUCGUCGAUAGUCCGGCGCUCCAUUUUUGACAAGGGUUAAUAGAUAUUGAAGACAUACAACGUUAUAGUAACAUGUCAGCGGAUUCCAAAGUGUCUCAGAGUAAGAGUUAUUUCUGUACCAGGGACUAUCAGAGAGAACAUGCUCCACUGUUUUCCACUGAAACAGAUGCUCACCCAUUAUCCAGCAUAUAUUGGCGCGGAAAAGGUGGCGCCACCGUCGGCGACCCGCUGACUCAGCUGAUGGAAGGCAGUGAUCCUCUCUCAAUGAUGGCCGCCGUCGACGCAGCUGACGACCCUGAACAGCCUGUCGAGAUGUCACGUGACGAGGCGGCGCACGACGAUUGGCCGGCAGCACGGCGCGCCAUCUUGUCCCAGUUCACCACGUCCGAGCUGGUGACCGUCACCACCUCGCGGGACAGCGGUGGUGACACCGUGUCGGUGCGGCCGACGGGGCGUGCUCAGGCGCGGGCGCGGCUGGCGCAGCUCGAGCCAGCCCCGGAGGACAGCACCGUCAGAGACCAGCUGACCCAGCACGAGGUCAUAGCGCAUACGAACCGCAUGAAGAAGCAGCUGCAGGAGGCGUGGAUGACGGACCAGCGGGUGCGCGCGCUCAAGCUGGUCAUCCAGGCUUGCAAGAUGCUGGAGGACGUGUCGGUACCGCAGUUCUACCCCAGCAUGUUCGCCCUGGUCACCGACAUCCUGGACGUCUUCGGCAACCUCGUCUACAACCGCGUCAUCUCCAAGGACCGCGAGAACAGCGGUGCGACGGUGGCGCGGCCCGGCGCCGACUUGGUGAGCGAGGGCGGCCGCGAAACAUGUCGCAACUGGUUCUACAAGAUCUCCUCCAUCCGCGAGCUCAUGGCUCGGCUGUACGUGGAGAUGGCCGUCUUGCGCUGCUACGACCUGCUCAAGCCCGGCGGCUCGGAGGAGGCGGCGCGUCGUUUGGUGACGGCUGUGCGGGGCCUGGCUUCACCGCUGGCGGCCGGCUACGCCCGCUGCUACCUGAGCCGGGUGGCGCCGGCCGCCGUCCGCGCGGACAACCUCGAAGACCUGCUCGCCGUCCUGCUGCACUGCCCGAAGACGGGAACUUCGGCGGUGAAAAGGACGCCAUCGUCGCGGAGCGUCUCGCCGCCGCUUGGGCCCGCCAUCCAGUGGUGCUUGCGCUCGGCUGUCGGCGCAUGCGCACCAGACCGCCGCGGUCGCUUCCUGACCGAGCUGCUGCAGCAGCGUCCAAUGCACAGCACCUCGAACUGA